AUGUUUCUGCACAAGCGGAUCUUGAGCUACACUCCACCCGCCAGCCCCUGCAUGUUCAUCCCCGCUCUGCUGGUCCUCCUCCCGGGGGUCACUCACUUCUCCUACGGAAGUGCCGGCCACGAAGACAACGGCAGCACACCGAGAAACUGCUCCAGUGAGGACAACUGCUCGGAGGGGGUGGUCCUGCCCAUGUGGAACCCGCAGAACCCGGCGGUUGGCGACAAAGUUGCGCGCGCCAUCGUUUACUUUGCAGCGCUCAUAUACAUGUUCCUGGGCAUGUCCAUCAUCGCCGACCGCUUCAUGUCUUCUAUCGAGGUCAUCACCUCUCAGGAGAGAGAGAUCACCAUCAAGAAGCCGAACGGCGAGACCACGACGACUACGGUGCGCAUCUGGAACGAGACGGUGUCCAACCUGACUCUGAUGGCGCUGGGCUCGUCAGCGCCAGAGAUCCUGCUCUCCGUCAUCGAGGUGGUGGGUCACAAUUUUGAGGCCGGAUCUCUGGGUCCCAGCACCAUCGUGGGCAGCGCUGCGUUCAACAUGUUCAUCAUCAUCGCUAUCUGCGUCUAUGUGGUGCCGGAAAACGAAACCCGCAAGAUAAAGCACCUGCGGGUGUUUUUUGUCACUGCUGCCUGGAGCAUUUUCGCCUACAUCUGGCUCUAUCUCAUCCUGUCUGUGUUCUCUCCCGGGGAGGUGGAGGUCUGGGAGGCAGUGCUCACCUUCCUCUUCUUCCCCCUCUGUGUGCUGCAAGCCUGGAUCGCAGACCGCCGCCUGCUCUUCUACAAGUACGUCCACAAGCGUUAUCGCGCCGACAAGACCCGCGGCAUCAUCAUCGAAUCAGAGGGAGACGCUAUGUUCACCAAAAUGGACUUGGAGAUGGACGGGCAGGGUGUGAACUCCCACACUCACCCCAAGGAGGCUCUGGAUGGGAUGCUGGAGGGGGUGGAGGAAGGUGGAGGGAUGAACUCGGAGCAAGACCAAGAGGAGGAGGCCCGUCGGGAGAUGGCGCGCACCCUGAAAGACUUGAAACAGAGGCACCCGGAGAAAGACAUGGAGCAGCUGAUCGAGAUGGCCAACUACCAGGUGCUGGUGCAGCAGCAGAAGAGCCGGGCCUUCUAUCGCAUCCAAGCCACGCGCAUGAUGAUCGGAGCCGGGAACAUCCUGAAGAAGCACGCCGCCGACCAGGCCAGGAAGGUGGUGAGCUGCCACGAGGCCAGCGGGCAGGAGGAAGAUCCCAACACCAUCUACCUGCAGUUCGACCCGUCGCACUACCAGUGCUUCGAGAACUGCGGCUCAAUGAAGCUGUCGGUGAGCCGGCACGGAGGAGAGAGCGGCUGCACUGUUAAGGUGGACUACCGGACGGAGGACGGGACUGCCAACGCCGGCUCAGACUACGAGUUCGCGGAGGGCACUUUGGUCUUCAAGCCCGGAGAGACGACUAAAGAGUUCACUGUUGGCGUGAUCGACGAUGACAUCUUUGAAGAGGACGAGCAUUUCUACGUGCGCCUCAGCAACCCACGCAUCGUGCACCGCGCCGAGGUGGCCGUCCUGGAGCCGAGCUCCAUCACCUCCAGCAACAGCAACGUGGGUCUCUCCCCCCACAUCCCUCCGAAGGCCGCCCUGGGCAACGCUCACACCGCCACGGUCACCAUCUACGACGACGACCACGCCGGCAUCUUCACGUUCGAGAGCAACUCCACGAGGGUCAGCGAGAGCGUCGGCAACAUGCAGGUGAAGGUCCACCGGACGUCCGGGGCGAGGGGGAAGGUGGCGGUGCCCUACCACACCGUCGAGGGCACCGCUAAAGCCGGGGAGGACUAUGAAGAGGUGUCCGGCAAGCUGGAGUUUCAGAACGACGAGACCAUGAAGCUGCUGAACGUGAAGAUCAUCGACGACGAGGAGUACGAGAAGAACAAGACGUUCACCAUCGUGCUGGAGGAGCCCAUCCUGCUGGAGGUGGGACAGAGGCACGGAGACACCAAUGACAACAAGACAGCUGUGGGGCCGGAGGACGUGUCAAAGAUGGGCUGCCCCUGUCUGGGAGAGCACACCAAGCUGGAGGUGGUCAUUGAGGAGUCCUACGAGUUCAAGAGCACGGUGGACAAGCUGAUCAAGAAGACCAACCUGGCUCUGGUGGUGGGGAGCAGCAGCUGGAGGGAGCAGUUUGUUAGUGCUGUCACUGUCAGCGCAGGUGAUGAUGAUGAAGAGGAGAGCGGGGAGGAGCGCCUGCCGUCCUGCUUUGAUUACAUUAUGCACUUCCUGACAGUUUUCUGGAAAGUCCUCUUCGCUUUCGUCCCGCCCACCGAGUACUGGAACGGCUGGGCCUGUUUCUUUGUCUCCAUUUCCCUCAUUGGCGUUCUGACAGCUGUGACCGGGGACUUGGCCUCGCAUUUCGGCUGCACCAUCGGCCUCAAAGACUCGGUCACUGCUGUGGUGUUCGUGGCUCUUGGCACCUCUGUUCCAGACACAUUUGCGAGUAAGGUGGCCGCCAUCCAGGAUCAAUACGCCGACGCCUCCAUCGGGAACGUGACGGGCAGCAACGCGGUGAACGUGUUCCUGGGCAUCGGCGUGGCCUGGACCAUCGCCGCCGUGUACUGGCAGACCAAAGGCAAGGUGUUCCGGGUGAACCCGGGCUCGCUGGCCUUCUCCGUCACCCUCUUCACCAUCAUGGCGCUGGUGUGCGUGAUGUUGCUGCUCUACCGCCGACGUCCCUCGGUGUCGGGCGGAGAGCUGGGAGGCCCACGGACAGCCAAGCUCCUCACCUUCUUCAUGUUCCUCUCCCUCUGGUUCAUCUACAUCCUGUUGUCCUCCUUGGAGGCGUACUGCCACGUACCCGGCUUCUGAGGCAACAGAGGGAAAACGCACAGACACGACUCCUCUCCUUGUUUUUACACUCUCCUCUUUCUUCUUCUUCUUCUUCUCUGUUUUUUGUCUAUUUU